ACACUCGCAAAUGGGAAAAAUCUUCAUGUUGGGAUUGCAAUCUUACAAUCUUAUAAGCUUAGUAAAGUGUAAAUAAACAAAAAAAGUGAAGCAUGACUUUAAAAUCAAGACCGUUAGUGAGCGUUUUACGAAUUGGGUUAAUAAACUAUAAUACCGGUCUACAAUUGCAAAAAAUGUUAAGCAAUCAAUCGAUCGAUCAUCAUCGUUGGGAAUUUCAUAACUAUUUGAUUUUGCAAGAGCAUAAGCCUGUCUAUACGAUCGGUAUAAGAAGGAAAGAUUAUAUCGAAGAAGAUGAGAAACGCCUACGGAAAUUAGGCGCAGAAUUUUAUCGUACUAAUCGAGGUGGCUUAAUAACUUUCCACGGACCUGGGCAAUUGGUUGCUUAUCCCAUCAUACAUUUGCAACAAUUCACACCUAGCAUGCGUUGGUAUGUGUCUGCAUUAGAAGAAUUGAUUAUACGAACGUGUCGAGAAUUAGGAAUAACAGAAGCGACAAGAACUGAACACACAGGCAUUUGGGUAAAAGAUAGGAAAAUAUGCGCAAUUGGUGUGCAUGGUUCGCGUUAUAUUACAACUCACGGUAUUGGCCUAAAUUGUUGCACUAAUCUGAAGUGGUUUGAACACAUUGUACCGUGCGGUAUUGAAGGCAAAGGUGUCACGUCUUUAUCGGAGCAACUUGAUAGGCGGGUGACUGUGGAAGAAUCCAUCGAAGUUUUAUUGAAAAUGUUUGCUGAAGUUUUUCAAUGUCAAUUAUGUGAGGAAAACAACAACACUUAGUUGAAGAAUUUUCUAAUACACCGUCAUUUAAAAUGGGAAGCCAUGAUGAAUACAUGAUUUAUUUUUUAUUGCAUAAAAGCGUAUUAAAAAACAGUUUCAUUUAAAAGUGCCGUUUAAAUCGUUUAAAACGGUCACUAAUUGGCCUUACAAGUACUUGCUCUAUUUGACAGCUUCAUGAAGAUGAAUGUGAGAAAUCGAUGGUGAGAAUCUUGGAAAAGAUCUGCAGCAACGAAAUUCUACGGGGAAGUAAAGAUCCAUAAAAUUUCAGCCGACUUAGAAAACUCGUAUAUAUCCGCGCUGCGGGCAUUUACAGCAAUUUAACUGCAGGACUUUUUCUUCUCAAUCCAUAGACCAAUCUCCAUAUCAAUUCAAACGCAUAAACACACUAUUCCCUUUCCCAAUUAUAUUUUAAUUUUUUUUCUUUUUUUUAAAUGACUGAUCACUAAGGCGAUACAUUCCUUUCGUGGAAGACAGUAACCGUCAAAAAGAGGAUAGGAAAGAGAAAGAAAUGAGGAGGUGGUGUCCGCUGAGUGCGCGGGGUGAUUGGCUUUAUGCGCCUCUACCGACUGAGCACUUAUUAUAAUUACGACCACAGUAAAGUCUACUUAGGCUUUGAAGCCGCGGACAAUGUACUGCUCAGGCUUAUCACGAUAGGCAAGAACGUGUAGAAAACGGUACAGGAAAAAUUUGCGUCGAAAGCGAUUGCUAUAAUUUUUAUAUUCAUGAUCGAUGAGUGAUUACUAAUGUCUAAAUCUAGUCUUUGGUCUGGCAUAACCUCAAUAUUUACCCAAAAACGAUUUCUACGUAUAAUGCGUUUCAAAUUUUUUUUACUUUCGCUAUAUAUUUCUCUCUCUCUUUCUUAUUCCGAAGUUGAAUAAAGUUUCUGUUCAUCUUCGAGUAUAUGAUAUAGAGAUUUAGAUGUGGAUUUCUAGAAUCAAACUUGGCUUGAUAUUCUUUUCGAUUAAACUUUAGUUUUAAAAAUUCAAUAUCUUAAGUAAAUAAAAACUCCUUACCUUACUCUUACAUUAGGAAAGUAUCCGGGAAAUAUAAUAUAGAGUAGAAAUUUUAAUACCUCUCAAUUCUAAA